UGACUGCUGCCAUUAAAGCUGAAGAUUUGAAUGAUUUCUCUGGUGGUCUUGAACUUCAAAAGCAUGAAACUGAGGAGAUUUUCAAGCAAGAGGCCUGUGAAGAAUCUCCAUCCAGUUUACAGCCCUGGUCCACUAAUACGGGGCGACUGGCUAUGCAGGAGAAUUCUGUAGAGCUGAAAUCAGAGAUAUCAGAGUCUGAAGAGAAAAUCACCGAGGGAAAUGGGAGAGAAGGGGAAGAGUCACCUGGGAGUGUUGGAAUGAAUUUACAGAAGAAUGGCAGCUUCCCUCUACCUUCAUUUGGUCAGCCCUCUUUUCAAUACAAUGAGAAAGGUAUGAAGAAAUCAGCAAGAGGAUCAGAGAACCUGACAGCAGCCUUUUUGCAGUGCAGUUCUCUCCCUGCUACUGGAGUAACACAGACAGAAGCCAUCAAAACUGAUCAUCAGCAAGUGAAGAAAGAAAUCCAAAUUCAGAAUGGAAAAAAAUGUUGUGCUUUUGCAUUAAAUUUGCAAUUAACCAAUGCCUCCAAGCAAGUGAAGAGUGGCAGUGUUGGUGAGAAGAAAGGUUUGAAGAAAAUUGAAAUCGAAUUAAAGAAAAAAAUUAUUGAAAAGUAUGAGCGUGGCGUUCGUGUUACUGAUCUUGCCGCCGAGUACAAGAAGUCAAAAUCUACUAUUUCGUGUAUUCUAAAGAAGAAAGAGGCCAUUAAAGCAGCUAAUGUUGCAAAAGGAGUGACAGUGUUAACCAAGCAGAGGCCUCAAGUGCUGGAAGAGGUGGAAAAACUGUUGCUAGUGUGGUUAAACGAGAAGCAACUUGCAGGGGAUAGUGUAAGCGAGCCGAUGUUAUGCAAGAAAGCCAGGAAGAUUCAUGGCGAUUUGCAGCAAAACUAUCCUUCUACGAGUAGCGAAGGUGAGGAAUUUAAAGCCAGUAGAGGAUGGUUUGAAAAUUUUCGCAAGAGAAGUGGCAUUCAUGGUGUGGUAAGGCAUGGAAAGGCUACUAGUUCCAACGCUGAAGCUGCUAAGGAAUUUGUGAAAAUUUUCACCAAAUUAGUGGAGGAUGAAGGCUACAUCCCGCAACAAGUGUUCAACUGCGACGAGACCAGAUUGUUCUGGAAGAGGAUGCCGAAGAAGACCUACAUUACUCAGGAAGAGAAGGCUGUGAAGGAGAGGUUAACCGUUUUACUAUGUGCUAACGCUAGUGGCGACGUAAAAUUCAAGCCACUAGUCGUUUACCAAUUUGAGAACCCUCGUGCUUUCAAGCUGCACAAUGUAAACAAAUCCAGACUGCCCGUGAUGUGGAGGGCAAAUACAAAGGGUUGGGUCACAAGGACCUUGUUUUUGGAAUGGCUGCACGAGGCUUUCGCUCCCCCCGUGAAGCGAUAUCUUGAAGAGAAUAAUCUGCCUGAAAAAUGCCUUCUUCUGAUGAACAGUUCACCGGCACACCCUGCAAAUUUGGUUGACGAUAUCGUCGAGGAGUACGACUUUAUUAAGGUCGUGUUCCUCCCCCCCAACACGACUCAUCUUUUGCAGCCCAUGGACCAGCAGGUUAUCUCAAAUUUUAAGAAGCUGUACACAAAAGGACUAUUCACCAGGUGCUUCAGUGUGACCGAGGAGAUGUCUUUGACCCUGAAAGAGUUCUUGAAGAACCAUUUUAAUAUCGUUCAUUGCAUCAGCCUCAUCGAUAAAGCCUGGGAAGACGUCACCUACCGGACCUUGAACUCGGCCUGGAAGAAACUUUGGCCUGAUUGCGUUCCUGAACAGGAUUUAGAAAGAUCUGAGCCUUCUGUUGUGGAUGAGAUUGUGUCCAUAGGCAAGAGCAUGGGUCUUGAAGUGGACAAUGAGGACAUUGAGGAGCUGGUCCUGGAUCACAAGGAGGAGCUGACGACAGAGGAACUCGCCGAACUCCAGCAGGAGCAGCAUAAGUUGCUCACCAAGGACCAGUCCUCAGGGGAAGAAGAGGAAAGAGCGGUUAUAAAAAGUGAUGCAAUAAAAGCCUUCAUGGAAAAAUGGAACGAGUGCCAGGAUUUUUUCGAGAAGAACCACCCUGACAAAGCGGUUGCGAACAGAGUGAUAAACAUGAUGAACGACCAUGUUGUCUCGCAUUUCCGAAAAAUUUUAAUGCAUAGGAAAAGGCAAGUCACAUUAGACCGUGAUUUUGCGAAGUCUGAUUCACCAGCUAAACAGCUAAAAACACCAGAAACCCAAGAAAUCACGAAAGAGAAAACACUUGAAAGAGAACAUCCCUCCAUCACGCAGAGGGACUCUCCAUCAAAACUGUAACCUCCUCUCCACCCAGCUUCCUCCUCACUUCCUUC